AAUGUCCGAACCACUCGUCGGGAUCGUUCGGUAAUCUCCGGCCCCGCCAUUACGGUCACAUGUCACGAUAACUCAUUGUGUUGUGGAAAGGUUAAGAGUGACUCGCGAGUUUAGCGGAUUUUUGGAGCAUUUUCGGCCAAAUAAUCGUCGUCAGGUGACCUGAACUGACCUGCGGAGAGUCACGGAAACCGUUGCCAUGGCGCAGUUCAACACUGGUGCUAAAAACCCGCCAUGGGCCUCGCAAGCCAAUCCUGACCAGCAGCUGCAGUCGCUGCUCCGAGCGCAGCAGGCUGCCAUUGGCUACCAGCAGGGUGUCGGUCUGGGCGCGGGCGCCGAGCGGAUAGCAACGACAGCCCAGCAGCCACAGCAGUCUCUGCUGGGGGCGCAGCCGGUAUACGGGCAGACGCUGGUGGGCGGGGUCACGCUCGGCACGGCGCUGGGGUCAACCACGGUCACCCAGGCCGCGUACAACCAGCUGCAGGCCCAGCCCGCCCUCUUGCAGCAGCAGCAGGCACUGCAGCAACUCCAGCCCCAGACUGUCCAGCAACAAGCCGUCCUACAACAGGCCCUACUGAAGCAGUCCCACCCGCAGCCUGGCCUGGCCAUCCCCACCACGCUGUCUGCAGUACAGCAGCCCGUGCCAGGGGGCGCCCCACAGAUGGGUCAGGGGUCGCAGCUGACGGUGAGCUACCCGACGCCCCGCGCGGCCCAGCAGCAGCAGCAGCAGCCCAAGCAGCGCGUCUUCACCGGCUCCGUCACCAAGCUGCACGACAACUUUGGCUUCGUGGACGAGGACGUCUUCUUCCAGCUAAGUGUGUGCAAGGGCAAGACCCCCCAGGUUGGCGACCGUGUGCUGGUUGAGGCCACAUACAACGCCAACAUGCCGUUCAAGUGGAACGCCACCCGGAUCCAGGUCCUUCCUAACCAGGCGCCAUCGUUCCAGACGCAGCCCUUGCUGAAGAACCCUCCGGUCAGCGCCGGCCACGCCCCGCUCGUCGCGCCGCCUGCGCCCCAGCUGUACCAGGCAGGCGGUCCCGGCAUCACGCCGUCCUCGAUACCGCCCCUCAUGUCCCAGCACACGCAGCCGCCCGCCAACCAUCACCACCAGAAAUGGUCCAGGGGGCCUCAGCAAGGGCAGGACCAGAAACGAAAGCGGCGAGUGUGGCGGAGCUUCGGCGUCGCUAUGCCAACAUGUACGUGCCGAGCGACUUCUUCCACGCGCGUUUCUGCUGGAACGACGCGUUCCCCCUGCACCGCCCGUUCCAGGUUGGAAACCCGUCAUCCUUCCACAUCAUGCACAAGGAGGUCGACCCGCUCGAGAAGAACGACACGGUACUGGAACCGCCGGACGCAGACCACCUGUACAGCGCUAAGGUGAUGCUGAUGGCAUGCCCAUCAGCAGAGGAGCUGUACCAUCGCUCCUGCGCGCUCGCUGAAGACGCCAGCGACGUCCGCGAAACCUUCCAGCAUCCGACACGACUCAUCCAGUUUCUGGUCGGCAUGAAGGGUAAGAACGAGGCGGUGGCCAUCGGCGGCCCCUGGUCCCCCUCGCUGGACGGCCCGAACCCCGACACGGACCCGUCGGUCCUCAUCAAGACUGCGAUCCGCACCACCAAGGCUCUCACGGGCAUCGACCUGAAAAACUGCACGCAGUGGUACCGCUUCGCCGAGGUGCGCUACCACCGAGCCGCGGAGACCUACAAGGGGAAGACGAUCCCGGAGCGCGUGGAAACGACAGUGAUGUUCCUGCCGGACGUCCAUCAUUGUUUACCCCCACGUCUAGAUUGGGCCAAUGUUUCAGCCGGUUACAGAGCCCAGCUGGCGCGCAAGGCUGCCGACGAGAAAUCCGAGGAGGCCGGAGAAUCUCAGGAGGAGGAGGAAGGGGGCGAGGAUGAGAGCGGGAAGAAGGCGCCCACACACCACACGGAGCUCGACCCUAAGACCAUGAAGGUAAACGAGCUGAGGGCAGAACUAGAAGCUCGAGGGCUGAACUCGAAGGGUCUGAAGUCUCAGCUGAUCGCGCGUCUUACCAAGGCCCUUAAGAUGGAGGUUGAGAAGGAAGAGGAAGAGAAGGAAGCCAAGGAUGAGGCUAAGGAGGAAGAGGAGGAAGAGAAAGAGGAGGAAGUGGAGGAGGACAAGGAGAAGAAAGAGGAGGAGGAGCGUAAGAAGCAGGAGGAAGAGCGAGAGCGGAAGACGCGGGAGCGGCGCUACACGCUGCCCGACAACCCUGCCAUCAUCGUGCACCCCUCCACCACUGCCAAGGGCGGGAAGUUCGACUGCGCGGUGAUGUCGCUCAGCGUGCUGCUGGACUACAGGGUGGAGGACAACAAGGAGCACUCCUUCGAGGUGUCCCUGUUUGCGGAGUUGUUGAACGAGAUGCUCCAGCGCGACUUUGCCUUCAAGAUCUACCGAGCGCUGAUGGUCGCGCCCGAGCCCAAGAAGGACGAGAAGAAGGAGAAGAAGGACAAGAAGGACAAGGACAGCAAGAAGGAGGAGAAGAAGAAAGAUGAGAAGAAAGAAGAGAAGGAAGAAAAGGAAGAAAAGAAGGAAGAUGGAGACGACUCAGAGGAACCACCCAAACCCAAGAGGAGAAAAACCGAUGAGGAGGAGAAGCCUGAGGUGAAGAAGGAGAAAGAUGAAGAGAGGAAGGAUGGGGAGGAUGAGGAGGAGGAAGAGGAGGAGGAGGGGGAUGACAGCUCAGAUGAUGAAGAGGAAGAUGAUGACAAAGAUGACAAGGAGGGAGAGGAGAAAGAUAAGGACAAGAAAGACAAGGAUGAGAAGAAAGGGAAGGAGAAAAAGAAGUCGUCUCGGGACAAAGACCGGCACAGCCGCGAGCGGCAGAAGGAGUUUACGCUGGACAAGGAGCUGCUUCUCGCCUUCGUGUACUUCGACCAGAGCCACUGCGGAUACCUGCUGGACCGGGACCUGGAGGAGAUCAUGCACACCAUCGGGCUGCAGUUAUCACGGGCUCAGAUCCGGAAGCUCGUGCAGAAAGUCGUAACUCGAGACUCGCUGUCGUACCGCAAGCUGACGGACCGGCCCGCUGCGGAGAAGGACAAACCCACAGAGAACCUUCCCAGCAUGCCCGAGGACCAGGAGCUUGCCAUCGGCAACAACAGCUACCUGGCUGUGCAGGUGAAGAAGGAGGCUGAUGUGCGGGUGGAGGAGUCGGGCGGGGCGGAGACGUCCCAGGGCAUGGUGCUGUACCGGGGCGCCACCAUCGACAUCGCAAACCUGCUGUCCCGCCUCGAGCGCAGCGAGCGCGACAGGGUCGCCGUGGAGGAGAAGGUCAGAGACCAGCAGGCCGACCUGGAUGUCCUUCGGGCGAUGACCUCCUCCAGCGAGGAGACUACCAAGACGCUGGCUUCGGAGCUGAAGGAAGUGAAGAAGAAGCUCUCCGACACCUCCAAGACUCUGCAAGACGUGGAGAAGACGUGCGGAGCCUAUCGCCAGUGUCUGUACAAGACCAGGGCCAACCUGGAGGACACCGUGGGGUCAAUCAA